AAUAAUCUCGUACCUCUCUCGUUUGCGUUGCAGAAUAUGGACGUAGCCAAGGCCUCCGAGCGUCUUCUCAAGUUAGCGAUACCGAAUCAUCUAGUGUGGCUUUGUUUUUUCUACUUGACAUUUCACUCCCUUUUUAACCUGAUGGGUGAAUUGCUGCAUUUCGCGGAUCGCAAUUUUUAUUGCGAUUGGUGGAACGCAAACAACAUCGAUACCUUUUGGCGAACUUGGAACAUGCCGGUGCAUCGUUGGGCUGUGAGACACCUCUAUAUUCCAAUCGUAGAGAUGGGUUAUAGCAAAACUACGGCGUCGGUGACCGUCUUCUUCAUCAGCGCUUUCUUCCAUGAAUAUCUCGUCAGUGUACCUUUGAAAACGUUCAAGAUAUGGGCCUUCAUGGGUAUGAUGGGACAGAUACCACUGUCGGUGUUGAGCAAGAUGGCGGAGCGAUACUGCGGCGCCAGAUGGGGCAACAUCGUCGUAUGGGCGAGCCUCAUCAUCGGGCAACCACUUUGUAUAAUGAUGUAUUAU